CUGACGCAGCAGCAGCCCACGGCACCAGCCGCAGGGGCCUCCCUCGCAAGGCCUGGGUGCCCCUCCCUUCCCUGUUCAUGUUUGGGAACAGCAAAUGGAGCUCGCAAACAUCUCCUGGAGGAGACCCUGACAGGUCUUUGUGCUGGGAAGAAGGGAGGUCUAGUGUCUGGCUUCCAAUGGGUCAUCGGUGGAGGAUGGACAUUCACUAAGUGGCCACCAAGUUCGGUCUGAAAGGGAUAUUGCUUUGACAGCAUCUGGAACAUGGCUCUUUCCAAAUCCACACAGAAAUUAGGAAGCGACAGUCCGGAGCUAAAGGAAGAAAGUCUGAAAUACCAAGCAAAGCUUGUGAAACAAGAGGUUUACCCCAAAAUCCAAGAGGAGUCGGGGGGAAAAGAAGAGGAAGGUGAAGGAGAAGGAGGAGAAAAAGGAGGAGGAGAAGGAGAGGAGAAGGAGGUUGUCCAUAUAAUGGAACCAAACGUGCGGAACGCUGUGUUUAUGAACUUUCCAAAUACAGGCCUACAGAAUCAAGAACAAAAUGGUCAUUGGACCAUAAAGCAAGAAGAGAUGGGCUCUGACGCCAGGGGAAACAAGCAAGUUGACUUCAAGCACCAGGAUACGAAGGCUGACAGUAGAUGGAAAAGGAGAGAUGGCUUGGGAGAAAGAUCCGGAUGGAUGGAGAAGUCCAUCAACGGCCAGUCGGACCUCUGGACGCCACCCCAAGACAGGGACUCCCGGCUGGCCGUGGUCAAGUCCGGCUACCUAUACGACGUCCGGGCCUACAAAGGGGAGAAGAAGCCGUCCCGGCUUUUUGACGGGGAAGACGAGGACGAACUCUCGUAUCGGAUCCCCCCUGAGGAACUCUCACCGGAGAAAGCCCAAGAGCUGGAGGCCGAACGGCAGGAGGUUAUCAAGAGCCAAACGGUGUGGAAAAGCACCACCGUUGCCGAGCGUCGGAGUACCACCCAGGCCAGCCCAAACUACACCGCGGUGUUCGCUGUGUGUUUUGACAGCCAUUCCCCCGACCAGGGGAGCACGCCUGUGGACCCCCAAAACGUCGACACGGAGCAGAUUAGUUUCGCCGCAGCCCGACAGCAGUUCCUGGCACUGGAAAAGAGAAGUCCUAACAUAUUGUUGGGAGCCGAGCAACAAUAUGGGUCCCCACGCAGGACCCAAGUGAUGCACGGGGUUGGACACCAGGCCCCAGUCGUUCUGAGAGAGGCUGAGAACCACCAGAAAGGAUGGGAUGGAUCUCACGAACAGAAAGACCUCCCAACCCCUCAAGGGCAUGGACCUCUUUCCAACAAUCAAGUUAGUUUGGGGAAAACCCACCCUGGCUUAAAAGUGGUGAUUAUCGAUGAGAGAGUGUCCCGAAAGUACACCGGAAGUCCUCCAGACCCACUGGACAGUGUUGAGGCCACGGAAGAGACCCCCAUCGAGCGGGAGAUCCGGUUGUCCCUGGAGAGAGAGGAAGACCUUUGGAAAGAGCGCGGGAUCCCAAGGACCAGCAGCCGGGACGAGCUGGUCGAGAUCAGAACAAAGCCCCUCCUGUGGUCAGCCUUCACAGAAGGAAAGGAGAAACCUCGUGUGUCCUUUCCGGUCCAGAGGGAGAUUGAGCAGGAAGCCAAACGUGAGGAAGACCUCCAAAAGGAAGGGCGGCUGCCGGGAACAUACAGCAGAGGCGAGUGCCAGCAGCUUGCCCAACGCCGGAAGGUUUUCGAACAGGGGUUCACCCCCUCUCCCCCAUGCAAAGCAAUGAUUCCAGGAGUGCCACGGCAGCCCUACCGUUCAAUGCAUGAUAAAGAAAGGGGAGUUGCUGACCAGGAUGUGAAAUUGAACUCUGAGGCCCGGGACAACUGGGACGAAUCAUUCCUCUUUGGUCAAAGCUCUGCUUCUUCUAACCCUCCGAUCAGUUCUCCCAGGCCAACGUUUCCGGCUUCAGGAGACCCAGGAGAAGGACUGGUGAUGCAAAAGGCUCACUUUGCCAUCCCCAUCCGGAAGCUCCGCUUCUCUUUCGCCGACAGCACAAAAGUGGAAGAACACAGAGCCUCCAGACAGGCAGCUCCUCCACGGCAUGAGGUGUUCACUCUCAAGACGUGGCGCCCACGCACCUCUGCCCUCAUUGACCAAGAGAUCCGGGAUGCUUUGCAGAGGGAGCUGGAGCUCCAGGAGGAGAGGAGGAACUCCGGCCUGGCCGCCAAGUCUGGCCCACGUUCCCCAAACACAGCACGGACCAGUUUUGCCGGCGGUUCCCCUGGCUGCACUUCGCCCAUCUUGAGCCCUUCUUCUCCCGGAAGAUUGUCCGCUUUGGCUUCUCCGGACAGACUUUCCUCAAGAAAGCCCUCCUCGGAGUCCAGCUUCCAAACGUGCCUGAGCCCUUCGUUGAGGCGGAGGGAAGAAGGGAAGUAUGCUGGCAUUGAACUCAGUGAUGAAAUUGACACGGAGGUCGUGAGGUCCACCAAAGCCAUUUGCCGCCGAGGCAUCCUGGCUCAGCGGUGGGAGGCCGGGCAAAUCCGCAACACCUGCAGCGACGACGAUGAGGAGAGUGACAGCAGGGACUGAACCAGGCAUCCCUUUCACCGGGAUGGGACUACAUUACACACUGAUGCAAUCAAUACCACUUCUCUUCUGCUAUUGUAUUUUUUUAAUUCCCACCUCCACCUGUAUUUUUAUCCCAUUACUGUAGUGUUUUGGGCCACUAGAACCUGGGCUCUGUCAGGUGAGAAGGAUGAAAUGAUCUCUUUGCUUCAAUUCCUCCUUGUUUCAAUAUAAAGGGUGCAUCUCCAUUGUGGCA